AUGUCAAUUCGUUAUAAUACAGAAGCAGCAUCAACACCUUACGAUAUUUCAUGGAUACAUACUGAUGGUCUUUUAGAUUCGACUAAAAAUUCCAGCAUUGAUUGUCGUAUAUCUGAUACUUCGGCACCAAAUGUAUUACCAAGGGCAAAGAUUGUAACAAUACAAACACAUCCAUUAUCAACAAUGUGUCAUACUCACGAACACUUUUAUCAUCCACAAUCGUUAAAAAAAUACUCAAUAUUCCGUUAA